AAAACCUUUGGUAUCAUUUCGAGCGACCUCAUCCAUCGGCCAUAUGACCAGACAAUAUCUGAAUGCGUCCACGCAGCGAAGCCAUGGACAUUGAGAAGCCCUUCUCUUGAUUCACCAAGGAAAAAAGGAAAGAGGGUCGGUCUCGCCAUGGCUCCCACUCUUACCUCCAACUCAUUCCUCCUCACAACUCCACCGCGCUCUAAGCUCGGCCCCCUCAAGAACUCCAGGCUCACCACGCUCGCCAAGAAGUCCGGUCCCAGUCCAUUCCCUCCGUUUCGUCUCGGCAAUGCCUCGGCGGUGGCGGAGGAAGGACCGAUGUCCGGGGAGAACGGGGAAAAUGGCCCAGCCAAUUUCAAUCCAUUCCGGCUCAACUUAGGAAAGAUCACCGACAUGAAGUCCAUGGUGCCUGUCAUGAGCGACAAGUCUUCGGGGUUGUCGUUCGCUAGGAGGAAGGACCCGGGGACGGUGUUUGUCGCGGGGGCAACGGGCCAAGCCGGUGUACGCAUUGCACAGCAGUUGCUGAGGGGAGGUUUCAGCGUCAGGGCAGGUGUGCCGGAUCUUGGCGCAGCCCAGGAGUUGGCUCGCCUGGCCGCUCAAUACAAGAUAAUAUCGAAUGAAGAAUCGAAACGCCUGAACGCCGUUGAAUCCACUUUCCAAGGCACGGAAUCGAUUGCGAAAGCCAUUGGAAACGCUAGCAAAGUGGUGGUCACCAUCGGACCAGCCGAGUACGGCCCCACCACGGAAGUCACCACCUCGGACGCCUUGCAGGUGAUCCAAGCUGCCAAGUUAGCGGGAGUUGGCCACGUGGCGAUCGUCUACGACGCGAACGCGGCCUCCACAUACAACGUGCUGGAUGGCAUCUCCUCAUUCUUCAACAACCUCUUCUCCCGGUCGCAGCCGUUGACGAUGCCCGAGUUCUUGCAGAAGCUAGCGGAAGUCGACGUGAGCUACACGCUCAUCAAGACAAGUUUGACGGAGGAUUACACACCCGAGAGUUCCUAUAGCAUUGUGGUGGCGGCCGAGGGAAGGGGUGGCGCGAACGACUACAAAGUUGCAAGGUCUCAGAUAGCAUCACUUGUCGCCGGCGUUUUCUCCAACACAGCUGUGGCAGAGAACAAGGUGGUGGAAGUUUCUACGGACCCAUCCGCUCCUUCGCGGCCUAUAGAUGAGCUUUUCAGUGCCAUCCCUGAGGACGGAAGAAGAAACGAGUACAAAGAGGCGCUUGCGAAAGCGAAAGCCGAGGAGGAGGCACGAACAGCUGCCGAGAAAGCCCAGGAAGCGGCUGAGGUUGCAAAGAAGCUCGAGGAAGAAGUGAAGAAGCUCUCGAAGCAAGAGGCCAAGGCCACGAGUCUCGCGGAAGAAGCCAAAGAGAAGGCAGAGGCUGCUGGGAUUUCGAUGGAGGGCCUAUUCAGCAAAGCCCAGGACUUCCGAGCGGGUCUAAACUUAGACAAGCUUGGCUCUGAGCUUGUGAACUCCGCGCGGAGUUCGGUGGAGAAGCCGAAAAUGCAGAUCGCUACGGUGAGAGGGCAGGCCAAGGCUCAGAGCUUAACUCCGCAGAAGGCGCUGAUCAAGCAGCCUCGCCCAACCCUGUUUAGUCCAAAAGUGGCAAAGGAGGAGCCGAAGCCAAAGCCGAAACAGCAGGCCGAGCCGAAGAAGGAAGUGAGGAAGGUGUUUGGUGGGCUGUUUCAGCAAGAGACCAUCUACAUCGACGACGACUGAGAAAAAGAAGAUCACCCUUGUUGGUUUUGCAUAUUAGUAUGUCACUGGCUAGCAUUUGUUUGUCGCGGUUGAAUUUGAAUGCGUAACCAAGAGAUUCAUGAGUUGCAGAAAGCGAAGUUGUAUUUUGUUUAAUGCUUCGGCGCAAUAUUUUUCUCAUGCUCAUGGAAGUGAAAUAACGUCAGCGCAAUAGCCGGU